UUGUUCCGUUUUCGUUUUCCCCGGCUGUUUCACUUGUAAAUCGCGACUUUAUCGAAUUUCGGUGCAAUCUGCAUUCCUUCUCUGUGAUAACACUUUGUUUUAUUUGGAGGAAAACAAUAAAACAAAAACACACACAGCUCCUUUUACCGUAAUGGCUUCCGAAUGGGAGGUUGUUGGCAAACAGAAGAAACCCCGUAAACAGACGGGCGGUGACAAAAAAACGCAAUCGCAGAAUGCAUCGGAGAGUGCUCCAAAAAUAGAAGAUACGGUUGACAUGGAUGAAAUUUGCUCCCUGUACACUGAUGUGAAGGACGAUCUGCUUGCGAAAUUUAACGGCCUAAAGGAUGCGAACGGGAAGGCCGACCCGAAAAAGACUGCGCCCGUUAAUGGCAAACGAACGGCAACACCUGUACGUGAGCAGCAACCGGGCGGUGGUAACAAAAGCAAUCAGAAGGAACCAGAACCCGCCAAACAAACGGCUCCAUCGAAGCCAACCUAUAGGAAUUUGGAUGCUGCCUUACGUGCGAUCAGUGCCCCCGAUCUGCACUCCCAGCUUACGGCCGUGAACGUGAGUUUCAAGGACAAUCAUUUAAUGCUGCUGAAGGCACUCACUGGAAUACUGAACGAUAAGCUGCGCGUGGACGAAGCGGAUCCCCUGUACAGCAACAAACCGGCAAGCUAUCCGUACAAAUCGAUACCCCAAUCGUUGCGCGACGUCAUCGACGACUGUAUUGCAAAGGCAAACGAGGAGAAUGGGAAAUAUUUCUACGACCUUACGCUAUCCAAUUUGGCCAGUGAUAUGAACAAGGGUUUACCCUAUCUGGGCCACAAGUUAGUACUGCAAGCCAUAGCAAUGCAUUAUCCAGCGGCCUGCGUCAACAAUCUGGCACGCAAUGCAAUCCUGCGAAAUUCGUACCAAAAUCGUACGAAUAUCGGGCUUAACCUGCUGUGGGCUUUAGGUCAGGGCGGGUACAACGAUUUGGACGUGGGUUUAAAGGUGUGGCAGGACAUCAUGGUGCCGGUGAUGGAGCUGAAAAACUACAACCGAUUCACGUGCGAUUAUGUACAGCGAAUCCUGAAGCUGCAUCGUUCACAUAGACUGAAUCUUGGCGGCAGCGAGUUCCUCACCAUUCUUAGCUCACUGACGACGCAACCGAAAGCGUACCGGGAGCUGGAUGAAGCCGCCCAACUGCUGGUCGAGCGGUACGUGUUUAGCGCACCGAAAGCAUCGGCUACCUUCGCGAUGCUGUUCAAGAACAUCUCCUUUAUCACACGUCCGGAAAUGAUUUACUACGGGCUAGCGCUGUGCCUUUUGGAAGAUCCCGAAAGUGCUUCCGUGUGGUUGGGUCUUUACCGAAACAACGUGGAAACGUCGUUCGCAAUACUGAGCUACCUAAAUACUGCGAAUCACAAAUAUUGUAGUAAACUAUUAGGAGAGGAUCACUUUAUAAGGUUUUUAUCAGACGUGGAUAAGCUGAAUGAAGAACUAUUACAGUCAAAGAAGAAAACGGAAGGACUGAAAUCCGUUACGAGUAUACUAAAGGAAGUUCAGGGCAAAUCGAAGAAGAAGCAAUCGUCCAAAGCGAACAGUACAUCUUCUUCCUCGGUGACGUCCGUCCUCUGCAGCUUCCUACUGGCCACAUUCCUGCUGUUUGGUGUUACAGGCGCACUCAUAGGCUAUGACACGUACCGGGCUGGCGGCAAGUUCGAGGCCUCGUUCACCGGCCAAACGCUGAAGCAGGCCGGACUGUUGCCAGCAGUACAGGAUGCAUGGACCUGCACGAUGAAGUACAGUGCCCGGGGCUACAAGUGGGCCGAAGCGAAUGUACCGGUGUACUAUCAGGCUACCAGCAAGGCCCUUGGACCAUACGUAGAAUUUUCGAUAGACUUUGGUAAAGUUCUCUGGAAUGGUACGAAAAAGGGUUUCGCCAAUGCUAAGCUGCUGGUCGAACAGAAGCUACCAGUGGUAGCCGAUUUUAUCGAACAGUAUGCACCGGGACUGCCGAAGAAGAUCGGUGAUGCAUCAUGCGCGUUCUGUGACACCGUGUGCACCUUCGUGUCCAAUGCGUACAAGCACACGUACGAGUUCUUCAAAACACAGGUGUUUGUUGGGAAACUUUCCAUGGAAAGCUUGGGAAAAGCCUUCAACAGUACCCAACAGGCUGCUGCUCUGUACUAUAGUUGGUUCAACGAUCAGGUUGAUUUCUAUGCCAAACUCAAGUAGAACGACCAUUUAAUAGUCAGCAGUAGCAGCAACCACAACAGGAGGAACAACAACAACAACAAUAUCUCUUAACAGCACUCCUUCGACCAUUGACCGGAACCAGCCAGCAGCCGGAAGCGUACCAUCGGGCGCAGUUUGUUUCUAUUGACGUUAAUGCAGUCGAUCGACGGUCUGCGAUCGUUUGUUCGAUUGUAACGUUAUUAGCAUCAUUCGAACCGAUGCAUAAGAGAAAGGAAGGAGCUUUCAAGAAAGGAAAAGAUCAUGAACGCGGCGAAUCAUUAGGAAAAUGCAAAAGUGUGUAAUUGUUUCUAGCAAUAAGAAAAUGGGAUAAAGGGAAAGCGAGAGAGAGAGAGAGACAGGAAGAGAACACAUAAAGUCAUACGUACACAAAAGGAAGGAGAGAAUGAUCAUCUUUCGUUGCAAACUUGGAAGGCUUAACACGAGGCAGCACAAUACUACCAGCGCAGAAAGAGGGAACGAAGAAGGUUCCCUUUUAACACGCUCGGAAGCUGGAUUCGUUAGACCAUGUGUUUGUAUUGGUGUGUUUGUGUGUGUGUGUGUUAAACGCGUUAGUGAGAGUGUCUCAUUCAAUCAAACAUCAUCUUCCACCUGUCCUUGUUGCGUAACUAUUGUACGUUUUGUUUAGUGUUAAAUACUACUGACCAUGGAAGGAAAAUGGAUGGAAUUUAAUUUGAUAGUAAUAGUGGGGGGGUCAAAGGAUCAUAACACAUUUGAAGCGAUAGACCGAUGCGAAAAAUGAUCGUGAAGAAUAAAAGGAGUAAAUAAGCCAUAAAAAACCCAUCUUGUGCGGCUAAAGAGAACAAACAUCAUCAGUCACAGGAAAAGAAAUGCAAAAUCGGGUGGGAUCCCACCAACGGACUCCCCAGAGGUGUGGUCGAAUUCUCUGAUAGACAGACUGCUUUUUUUUACAUUUAUGCUAUUUUUUUCCUAAUUUAAGAACCGAUACUACACAUUGUAAAACAAAUGGAAGUCAAUAAUAUGGGCGCGCGCAGUAUGUUAAAUCAAAGGUUGAUUCAAACAAUAGUUCAUGUAACUCUCUCUCCCACACUCAGUGUUUAGCCGAGUAAGCUCCCGAUCUGGUCACUAUCCCCUUCAUGCCCUCCUUCCCUUAUCCAGCUCAUUCUAAUCUGAAAAAAAUACAUUGGUGCAGCAUGUUACAUUAAAAUUCAUACCACGAAAGCAGCACGGAAAAGAACAGGAAGAGACAUUAAAA